CUGAUUUCUGCCUGAGGUGCUGCAGUGUCGAGUGAAAUAAUCUUCCAAGCUGUCUCUGGUGCGGAGGUAUUCUGACUCACGUUAUUGCUGGGAGCUUUCUCUCUGGUGAGCUCUUUCUGCCUCUGUGUUCCUGAUCUCUGGCUCUCUUCGCUCUUUUUUUUUUUUUUCUUUUUUCUUUUUUAUUUUUUCCUUUUCCUUGGGCUGGGAUGUGUGCUGUCUGUAAUGCAUCAGGAAGUAAUAUGCAAUGAGGAAACUCUCAUCAUCUCUGCAUCAGGGAGAGAAUUAUUGACUGAGUACUGAGCAGUCAAGUUAUUGAUUCAAACCAUAGCCCAGUCUCUCCGUCUGCCGCUUGGAGUGGCUGGUUACAUCCUUCUGGUUUAUUGCAUUUAAUCGGAUUCCCUGACCUGCUGCACAGAGGGGCAGAGUUAGAACCAGAUCCAUCUGCAAUGUUUGCUUCAAAAUCCAGUUCCGUAUCCCCUUCUCCGUCCAUGGAGCAGGCAGAUUCAGAUGCUCUGGACAUCAGCACCAAAGUGCAGCUGUACGGCGUGCUCUGGAAGAGACCCUUCGGGAGGCAGUCGGCCAAAUGGUCCAGGAGGUUCUUCAUCAUUAAGGAAAGUUUCCUGCUCUACUAUGCUGAGAGUGAGAAGAAGAGUUUUGAAAGCAAUAAAUACUUCAAUAUCCACCCCAAGGGUGUCAUACCCCUAGGAGGCUGCAUUGUGGAGCCCAAAGAAGAGCCCAACAUGCCUUAUGCCAUAAAGAUCUCUCAUGAAGACUUCCAUGGUAACAUUGUUCUAGCAGCCGAAUCAGAGUUUGAGCAGGCUCAGUGGCUGGAGAUGCUACAGGAGUCUGGAAAAGUAACCUGGAAGAAUGCCCAGCUGGGAGAAGCCAUGAUCGAGAGCCUGGAAGCCCAAGGACUGCAGCUGGCCAAGGAGAGACAGGAGUAUUUAGAUAAGCUAAUGGAAGAAACAGAAGAGCUCUGUCUGCAGAGGGAGCAAAAAGAGGAACUUGAGCGUCUGAACCAGGUUCUGGAAGCAGAGAAGCACCGGUUUGAAGAGGUGGUACAGGAGCUGCGGCAGGAGCAGGAGCAGAUCAGACGGGAGCUAGAGCUCACAGCCCGCUCCCUUAAAGGAGUGGAGGAAGAAAAGAAAGAGUUGCGAAGCCUGACACAGUCCUUACAGAAAGCCCUAGAGGAGCUCUCCCUGGAAAAGCAGCAAAUGUUGGAGAUGCUGGAAGAAAAUGAGAGCCAGCACCCACCUCCAACCAGCCCUAGCAAGGAGCAAAGCCCCAUCUGGGGACUGCACUGCAGCCUGCGACAGAUUGAAGAGAAGAUGCAGCAACUUCUGGGGGAGAAACUCCUGGCAGAGAAGAGGAUGAAGGAGAAUGAGGAGCGGUCCCGAGCACUGGAGGAGGAGCGGGAGUUCUACUCUUCGCAGUCGCAAGCACUGCAGAGCUCGCUCUCGGAGCUGACUGCGGAGAAGCAGAAGACGGAGAGAGACCUCAAGGCUGAGGUGAAGGUGCGCAUGGAUCUGGAGAAGAGACUGAGAGAAGCUGAGGAAGCAUUGCAGAGCUUGGAGCAAGGCUUAAAUUAUCUGGAUUGCAACAAGGAGAAAGAGGAGAAGAUGAAAGCAGAUGUCAGUAACUUGAGAAAGUUCUUUGAAGAGUGCAUCCGCAAUGCUGAGCUGGAGGCCAAGAUGCCCGUGAUCAUGAAGAACUCUGUGUACAUCCACAAGGCUGCCACUCGUCGCAUAAAGAGCUGUCGCUUCCACCGCCGGAGAGCCAGUGCUUCAUGGAAUGACUUGAAGCAGUCCCAAUCCUUCAUCUUCUCGCACGCAGAAGCUGAAAACAUUGAGGAGCUGAAAGAAGCAGCCAAAAGACUGAGCCGGGACCAGCACUUCAGGGAAACUCUCUAUCAAAUCAUGAGGUCGCAGAAGGAUUCUGCUUCAGGAGAUGAAAAGUGACUCUUGUUGGGAGGGGGAUUUUGAUCUCAACUUGCUUGAUCUCAGCUCCGCAAAAUUUACGCCAUCGGGUGCUAGGGUUGGAAGGGAGAUUUGCCUUUUGAUGGGGAAAGUGGGGGAAAGUUGCGUGUAGGCAAUCCCCUCAGUUAGUGGCUUUGCUUUAAUUUGAAUGCUUCCUGUAGCCUGGCAGACCUUCUCUGCUGAUCACUCCAGAUCUGUUUGCUUCAGCUGCUUAUGUUAAGCCAUGUUUUGCCAAGGUACCAUGGUCAGUGUUAAAGUGAACCACAGACCAUAGUUUAGGAAGUGCCUCUUCUUUCCUUUCCUGUCCAGUCUGUCUGCCAAACAGAAGUGCUUCUGAGAAAGCCCUUUAUCAGUCUAUGUUCCAGCUAGCAUGACCUCCCCAGCUGGACACAGCUCACCCUGUUCUGCCUGAUCCCAUCUAGGAAAUGGCUCGCUGCACACCCCCGGUCAACCAGCACUUUGAUGGGGCAUAUUUCCUGAAGACUGCAGCAGCCCCAGCCUCCCCAGCACCGGCAAUAAUAUCAGAUACAGGGCAACCUCUCCAUGCUACGUCAUUUCAAACAAAUGGUAGCAAUACAAUGUGAAGGCAACCUGAAAGUGCUGUGGAUUUGGCUCCAGGGAGGAUCAUGUGCAGAGAAGAGCUUAUAGGUAACUCAGGAUCAUUGAUGCAAGCUGGAGGGAGGGUUGCAUUUUGCUGACUGUAAGCAGAAUGUUCUGGGGCCACCUUUGUAUGUUUUUUGCACUGAGAUAUCUGGCUGUGUCAUUUCCAGAAGGAGGAUCAGAGCUAUGUGCUGCAGAAGGUGUUAUCUACAGGCAGAUUCAGUGUGGAGGAGCCUUCGACUUGGCUCUGAUGGCUUCAUCCAUUAGCUCCAUAAAACAAGCUGGAGGACAGGUGGGUGAGGAGUGUCCAACAACAAAACUCACUGCCACCAGGAGAACUGAACAUUGUCAGCAGCAAGCUGUCAGGGCGGUGGAGGUGGGGAGAGUCAUCUCUGCAUGUGAUACAGUGAAUAGCCUGCAUCCAAGGCUUUGUACUGCUCUCUACCAGCCCUCUUAAUUGCAAUUCAGGCUGUCUUGGUGAAACUGGGACCUCUGGCAAGUCAAGGCUGGGUUGGGAGAGGUGCUGUGGACAGCCUAUUCAGAGGUGGGCUCCUGGGUGGCCUCUGUCCUCUCCCAAGCACUCACCAGGUGGUUACUGUAGGGGAGGAGUUGCCCUGCAUGUGGUCGUCUCAUACGUUACAGGAGAAGAAUCACUUUGUUGUGGAAACCUUGCAGCCUGGCCCACGUAUUUUAAGCAAGCAGCUGGCUAAUAGUUACGCAUGCUUACAGAGCACAGGACAAGCACACUGAGUGAUGCUAUUAUCCCUGUGGUAUAAACUGGGAAACAAAGGAAUGAAGUUAGUAGUAGAGGUACAGUUAGGGCUCAGGGGGUCUUAAGUGCAUAUUUACUGGGGCUUUCAGAGCUGAACCCCUCAUCAGCACUGCUGUGUAUUACAUAUGUCCAGUGACACUGGCGUAGCUGCUUACCUGUCCCAUGCAGACUGUGACACUGUCCAGCCUCAGGCUUUGGCUUCUGGCUGCCUAAGUCAUUCCCUACCCAUUCAGUGCUGUUUCUAGGGAGAAGUCAGGGAUGAGGCUGGGAAGGGAGCCCUGGCUUGCCAGCCAAGAGGAGAGGCGUUGAUGCUGGGUGGAGGGAGCAUACUGGGAGGGUGUGAUGCUCCUGGAGGGAAUCAUUCUGAUGUGACCAGAGGAAAAGCAUUGAAUGCACAGCCGGUACUUUCCAUUUCAUGUCAGUUACUGACCAGUAUUCCUCUGCCAGGCAAUGGGACAUUUUAUACAAUCAGAGGGUCCAGCACUGAAGGCUGACAUUUUUGUGAUGACAGGUGAUGCAGCAGGAAAAGAGAAUUUGCAUGUCUACUUAGCAUACCAGAUCCUUUCCUGCUUUUUCCACUUGUGCUUCUGUGCUAGAAAGCCACAAAUGAAUUCUGGCUCCUACAGGGCUGAAGGGCUGUGAGAGAGCAAUACAGAGCGGGUUUUCCCCUUUACACUGUCCUUGCAUCAUUUCCUGGCUAUUUUCCAGUUACAAGGUCUAUAUUAUGUGAUGCUGGAAGGGACAGAAAAAAGGACGGCCAGGGAACGUAUCUGUAAUUCAGGCAGUUAGGAAAAUCACCCUGUAGCUUGUGAAUGCUGCACCUUUGAUCUAUUACCAUCAAAAGCCACAAUAACAGACUUUACAGAAGUAUUGUACUCAGGAGGUAGCUACAUCAGGUCUUCAUUUACUGUGCAUAUUGACAGCAAUACAUAAAUAAAAGUUAUGCUGACA